UCCGAAUUUCUCACACCCUGAAUCGUCGACGAUGCGGGUUCGGAAGUGUCGACGACGCAGCGGCAGCGUAAAUAGUGAAAGAGCGCGGGGAUUUGUGCACACCACCACCACCUCAGUCCGGGAAAAAAACAUGUUGAUCCUCGCGAGUUCGAGUGCCCUCGAUGGAGCCGCGGAACUGUUGUGAGGAUCCCCAUUUCGAAAGGGGUUUGCUGCGCAUUGUUUCAUACACUUGUGAGAUGUUCGGUUACCGAAGUGCUGCGGCUGGUAUUUCUCUGAGCUUCGUCGAGUGGUGCCCUUGAUUCUUGGAGGACUUUUUUGGAGAAGUGUUUUAGCGGAGUGACCCAGCACGGAUUAGAUGACGCCUGAAGGGCCAGCCUCAAAUAUGGGCGACGAGAUCAAGAAUUACGUGCCUUACAAGCACAAACUCACGCUGACAGGGCACAGGAAAUCCGUAUCUAGUGUUAAGUUUUCCCCUGAUGGGAAAUGGGUGGGGAGUUCCUCAGCUGACAAGACCGUCCGUAUUUGGAAUUCAACCGAUGGAAAAUGCGAACGUACUCUUGAAGGUCACAGUGAAGGCAUAUCUGAUUUUGCUUGGAGUUCUGAUUCUCGGUACAUAUGCACGGCCUCAGACGACAAAACCCUAAAAAUCUGGGACGUGCAGACCGGAGAUUGUGUGAAAACCCUGAAGGGUCAUACUAAUUAUGUGUUUUGUGUUAACUUCAAUCCUCAAAGCAACGUUAUCGUGUCCGGGUCAUUUGACGAGACUGUGCGCUUAUGGGAUGUGAAAACCGGAAAGUGCUUGAAGACUUUGCCUGCACACUCAGAUCCCGUAACGGCUGUCCACUUUAAUAGGGAUGGCUCUUUGAUCGUGUCUAGCAGUUACGAUGGCUUGUGCAGAAUCUGGGACAAUGCUACUGGGCAUUGCUUGAAGACUCUCAUUGAUGAUGAAAAUCCACCUGUGUCGUUUGUGAAAUUCUCACCGAAUGGGAAAUUCAUACUGGCUGGAACACUUGACGAUAAUCUGAGAUUAUGGAAUUAUAAUACCGGCAAGUUUUUGAAAACCUACACAGGGCACAAGAAUAAGAAGUUUUGCAUAUUUGCAACAUUCUCAGUCACAAAUGGGAAGUACAUUGUAAGUGGCUCCGAAGAUAAUUGUGUCUAUCUCUGGGACCUUCAAGCACGGGAUAUUAUUCAGAGAAUUGAAGGUCAUUCAGACGCAGUCCUCAGUGUAUCUUGUCAUCCUGUGGAGAAUAAGAUUGCGUCAGGCUCUCUAGACAGAACUAUCAGAAUUUGGGUACAAGACGAUAAGUAAGAAGUUGUUGCUACAAUCGGUGUAUCAUAUCCAUCUUUUGGUUGAAGUUCGUCUCCUUACCCCGAUAGAAACCAGGUUGGGAAUUAAAAGAAAAAAAGAAAGAAAGAAAGAAAAAAAAAAAAAACAUGUUGUACAGGAGCUAAUUAGUUAGAAUUAUUGAAUUUGAGGGCAAUGUCUUUUGUAUGAUGCGACAAUUGUUCAAUUCAAGAUCGAUGUCUAUUGAUAUAGUGCGUUUCCUAGCUGAACUUUUGUAAUAGAGAUUUCGUUUUCGAAGAUCUUGUAGAACCUUA